AUCAUCGACGGUCAUUUGUUAAAAUGUCAGAUUUUCCGUGAGGCAAGUGAAGGCAGCAUGAAGGAGGCGGGUUGUGUAUUUGCCUUGAUACGAUAGUGGCUUGAUAAAGACCAGUGGCUGCCAAAACUAAACAAGGUCUGGGCUGCAUUUCUACCUCUUUGGACCAAAGAUGUGACAGCCUCCUUUAAACAGUUACUACAGAGGUGGGAAUCAAACUUAUACACACUACUCUGUUCGACACGGCUUAGCAAGCUAACCCGUCAACAAUGUUAGCAUUAGCUUAGUCAGCUAACGUUGCUUUCAGCAUGUGCAUGCCUCUCCUAUAAACAAUGACCCAACCCAACUUUUCCAAACUAAAACAGCUGCAGCAUAAUGGUUUAGAAACACUGAGAUUGCGGUUUGUGUGUUGUGUGAGGGGAAACUCUGCAAAUGUUGUAGUGGUUGUGGUUAUCCUGUUGGUAUGGUGUUGUGCAAAUCAUUCCCACCAAUGUGAAUACCUUAGCUAAAGACCUGUUAGGUUGUCAUUACUAUUCCAUUUCAUGAGGCUAUGACUGCCAAUAAACAGUAGUUCCUUACAACAAGUCAAACUUCUUACUAUUGUGUGAUCAGAGAAAAAAUACACAGAAAAAAACAUGAGGUAUUGUUUCAUUGUGCACCUCCCUAAUCUAUCCAAAAAGUAGAUGUUCAAUAGAUUUGAUUAAUAUGGUGGCUGAGAACUGCCACUGCUGCAAAUAAAAAAAGAAUGCAAAAAAAAAAAAAGUCACAGUGGAAGUGACUCAUGCCAAAACAAGAAACUGAAGCUUGCUGCAAGUAAAAAAAAAGCCACAACGGAAGAUAAUGAUGCAAAAAAAAAAUGGUGAUGCAAAAAAAAAAAAAAAAUGUUACUCACUGCGAAAAUAAAACGAUGCAAAUAAAAAAAAAAAGCCAAAACGGAAGUGAGCUGCCAGGGACCAAUAAUGAUGAUGCACCAGUGUUUUACAAUCUAGCCACAGAAGACGACGACGAGAAGACAAGCAAAGAAGUAACGAAAAGGUUAUUGUUUGAUUUCGCUUUGUAAACUUUUCAAUGUGUCAUGUGGUUAGGACAUAGUUGAACUGAAGUUAACACUACAUCAGCAUCCUCCAGACCAACUUCAUAUCGACUCAGGCGCUACAUGGCCUAACCAAAUGACACAUUGAAAAGUUUACAAAGCAAAAUUGAACAGUAACCUUUCCACUUACUUUUUUACUUGUUUUCCCGCUGUCGUCUUCUGUGCCUGGAUCGUAAAAAAACGGUGCAUCAUCAUUAUUGGUCCUUGGCAGCUCACUUCCAUUGUGGCUUUUUUUAUUUGCAUCCUUUUAUUUUCGCAGCAAGUAACUUUUUUUUUUUUUUUUGCAUCACCACUUGUUUUUUGCGUCUUUUGGUUCCAUUGUUGUUGUUUUUUUAAUCUGCACCCUUUCUUUUUUGAUUUGCAGUGGGCUUCGUUUUUUUUUUUUUUUUUUUUCCAUCGGAAAAAGGUAGAUUGCCUUCUCCAGGUCGGAGGGGCAGUCCUGCCUCAAGUGGAGGAGUUCAAGUAUCUCGAGACCUUGUUCACGAGUGAGGGUAGGAUGGAACAGGAGAUCGACAGGCAUAUCGGAACGGCGUCAGCAGUGAUGCGGACGCUUAACCGAUCAGUCAUGGUGAAGAAAGAGCUGAGCCGUAAGGCGAAACUCUCGAUUUACCCGUCAAGCUACGGGCCGACUCUCACCUAUGGCCAUGAACUGUGGGUAAUGACCGAAAGAACAAGAUCGCGGAUACAAGCGGCCGAAAUGGGUUUCCUUCGCAGGGUGGCCGGGCUCAGCCUGAGAGAUAGGGUAAGGAGCUCGGACACUUGGGAGGCACUCAGAGUAGAACCACUGCUCCUCCACGUCGAGAGGAGUCAGCUGAGGUGGCUCGGGCAUCUGGUUAGGAUGCCUUCUGGACGCCUCCCGUUAGAGGUGUUCCAGACAUGUCCCACCGGGAGGAGACCUUGUGGCCGGCCCAGGACCAGGUGGAGGGAUUAUAUAUCUCACCUGGCCUGGGAAUCCUCCCAGAGGAGCUGGUGGAAGUGGCCGGGGUGAGGGCCGUCUUGGCUUCCCUCCUGAAGCUGCUGCCCCCGUGACCCGUAACGAUGAAGUGGAAGAAAACAACGACAACAGCAUCAUUAACUUGCGUUGUGGUUUCUUUUUUUUGCAUUCUUUUUUAUUUGCAGCAGUGGCGGUUCUCAGCCACUGUAAAUUAAUUAAUGUUAAAAAAAAGAAGUAAAAUUACAAUUUCAAAAUAAAAGUUGAUGGUUACUAAAUGUUGACAUCAUACUAUAACACUAUUUUAUAUUGAUUUUUUCAUUCACUGUUGUGCUAUAUUCAUUGGUAAUCUAGACAUUUUAACUAAACUUAACGGAUAGUCACAGUAAGAUACACAAAAGCAUUGAAAUGGUCACAGAUCACACAGUCUGUUUGCAGCUCAACCUGGAAACAGAUUUAUACAUUAUACAUUUUACAUUCAACACCAGGUUCUGCAUGUUUUUGGAUGUGUGGAAAAAAAACCUGCAAAAGUAAAACAUACAAACUCCACACAAAAAGGCAACAGCUGAUCAGCAGACUCUUCCUGUGUGGUGACAGUGCGAACCACUGCACCACCACGCUUCCUUACACAGUAAGACGUUUUUUUCUGGGUUGAAAAACCUUUUCAUCAGCAGAAUCACUUCACAGAGGUUCAUGCAGAUGUACCUGGGAUACUCUUCUCUUCAUAUCUUACUAUUUUUCUCGGAGGAGGCCUUUAGUUUUUCAGUAAAAAAAAGUUUGUUUGUCUCCAUCCGAACAUUGAUAUGCACUUAAAAAACUUUCCGUGUUUCUCUGUUGUGUGUUGAUAGUUUGCCGUAAUGGGCCCAGACACUCAAUCUAUCCCAAAAACAGUAUCUUCAGAGGAAGGUAAGUACUGAUGACUCUUUGUAUUUCUAUUUUUCCUUUUUUUUUCUUGGGAUAAAAGUGAGAACAUCAACCGGUUAUUUAUUGAUGGUCCCUUAUUCAACACCCAACGUUUACAGUGAGGAUGCCGAGUAGAUUUAACCGCGCUGCUGUUGCUAUUCCCCGAUAUUGAGAGUGAGAAGACAACGGUAGAUCCACAGUGAACGUCCGUUGAUUAUCCAACCUAAAACUAACUUCACUGUGGUAUUUACAUGAAAAACAUUUGUUGCUUCGGCUGAUUAUUUUUUAUGCGCGCAUGUGCCCCUAAAUAUAUUUUACAAUUUGCACACAUCUAUUUUUAGCUGCAAAUGCGAAUGAAAUGAUCACACUGUCGAGCCCUGAAGUGAUUUGUAUACUUUUGAUGUGAUCAUUUUUCAGGUCCAGGAGAAAUCACUGUGAAGGCGACAACAGAUUCAGACUCCAAUGAUGCAUCAACCUCCACUGAGCCAGAGAACUCCAAACAGGCAGGCAGCAACACAGCGGACAAGUCUUACCCCUGCUCUGUCUGCGGGAAGGUUUUUAACAGACCAUCCAAGCUAGAAAGGCAUAAACCUGUCCACGAGAGGAAGCCGAAGACUCUUCAUCAGUGUCAGCACUGUGAAAAGACUUUCACCCAACAAGAGAAGCUGAUUCGACACCAGAAUUGCCACAAUCGCACUAACAAGCACCCCUGUCCUGACUGUGGAAAAGUGUUUAACAGGCCUUCAAAGUUAGAGAGACAUAAGCGCACACACUCGAAGACACCAAGGGUGCCUCAUCAGUGUUCAUACUGCAUGAAGACUUUUAGUAAACUCAAUAAACUCGUCCGUCAUAAGCGAAUGCACACGGGUGAGCGGCCUUUUACCUGCACAAUCUGUGGGAAAGGUUUCUCUGAGUCAGGACACUGCAAAGCACAUGAGAAGACACACGAGGAGCAGCCAGAAAAACCUCACCGCUGUGCUGACUGUGGGAUGUGCUUCUUCAAGGCGUCUGGGCUCCGUCGGCACGCCCGCUCUCACACAGGAGAGAAACCCUUCAGAUGUAGCGAGUGUGAGAGCUGUUUCUCCCGCUCUGAAGGACUUAAAAGACACAUGAGGAGCCACACGGGGGAAAGACCGUACAAAUGUGUAAUCUGUGCAAAGGGAUUUUAUUCCCGUAAUGAUUUGAAUGUUCACAGUCUCACGCACUCUGGAGAGAAACCACAUCUUUGCCCAGUGUGCGGUAAGGGUUUCUCACAGCUAGGCAACAUGAAAGAACAUGAACAAAAUGUUCACAUUAAAUCCGAGAAAUACAUUUGCAACGAAUGUGGAGCAACAUUUACACGGUAUAAAUCCCUGAUAAAACAUCAGCGGACACACACGGGAGAAAGACCUUAUCUGUGUCUUACAUGUGGGCGCAGGUUUUCCUGGAGUCAUUCUUUGAGCAGACACCGCAGGACUCACACACACAGACAGAUGUCUAAGGACACACUCAAAGACACACUGACCUUUGAAGCAUCCUCAGAGAAUCUUGGAACUUCUUGAAGUGAAAUCCUAAUCAAAGAUAGAGAGUUGACAGGAGCUGAGGUCAGGAAUAAGUGUAUCAGUUUCUAUGACAUUAAAAAGUCACUUCAAAGUUUGGUCACAUUUUACCUGGCUGCGUAUUUUGUCAUUUGUACACACACACACACACACACACACACACACACUGUCUGUGAGAAGUCCUAAUGGCUCUUACUGCCUGUUUGUUUUUUAAUUAUUUCUUAAUUUUCUGAAAUCAAUGCUUAAACCAUGGCGUUUGCAAAAGACCUGUUUCACCGGGGCAGGAUUAACUUUCUUCUGAGCAUUGACAUCCUCAGAGGUCUGCAGAGCCUCCACACUCCUGUUAACCACAACAUGGGUUUUGGCUGUCUUGGUGGCCUGUGAUGGGCCCUUUAACAUCUGAGUGACUCUGCCUGCCUGGUCAUUAGCUGAAAUGCCUCCUUUAGGUUUUCCCGCGUGGGCAUAGCCCUGGUCAGGUUUGGUUAAGGCUUCCCCCUCAGAUUGAGGGACAAUUUUCUUCUUCUCACCAAUGCAGGUCUUCUGAUACCCUUUGUAGAAUAGUUUCCAAGGAGAUUUCUGUUUCACCGGGGCAGGAUUAACUUUCUUCUGAGCAUUGACAUCCUCAGAGGUCUGCAGAGCCUCCACACUCCUGUUAACCACAACAUGGGUUUUGGCUGUCUUGGUGGCCUGUGAUGGGCCCUUUAACAUCUGAGUGACUCUGCCUGCCUGGUCAUUAGCUGAAAUGCCUCCUUUAAGUUUUCCCACGUGGGCACAGCGCUGGUCAGGUUUGGUUGAAGCUUCCCCCUUGGAUUGAGGGACAAUUUUCUUCUUCUCGCCAAUGCAGGUCUUCUGAUCCCCUUUGUAGAAUAGUUUCCAAGGGGAUUUGUUUUUCACCGGGGCAGGAUUAACUUCCUUCUGAGCAUCCACAUUCUUCUUGCCAAUGCAGGUCCUCUGAAACUCUUUGUUAGAGGAGAGUCUUUCAUCCUUGCUGACUUUUUUUUACAGUAUCUGAAUCCAAGGCCCUCUUUGUUGGCUGUCCUCCAGCUUUGGACUCCUCACUUCCUUCCGCUUUGUAGGGUGAGACUUGAAUUCGCAGGAUGGUUGGAGAAGAAAACUUCACUUCCUCUGACUGGGUGACUUCAUCUGUCCCUGUUUGUGGCUGAACCAAUUGGGGAAUUUUUUGUCCCUCUGCUUUAGCUUCUUCCAGGCACUGGUCAGGUUUUGUUGAAGCUUUCUUUUUCUCUUCAGGGGGGAUUUCUGCUGGCAGUUGGUCCUCCAGCUGA